GAAUCGAUUUUUUACAGUUCCAAAGUCCCGUACUAACGUACAAAUACAAUACAAACACAGCUACGGGUCAUAAGGAUUACCCGAGUCCACGCGCUCGCCCCUCCAAGCUCUAGAAAACGCGCUCUUCGCGUUAGCAUUCUACGAAAUUCAAAAUUCACCAAACCGCGAUCAAUACAACACAAUCGCAUUGCAACACGUCUCAUGAACAUGCGCGCAAAUGGCUCCUAGCAAACAACCUCGAUAUGACAGCUCGCCUUCGCCGCGCACGAGAGGAACUUUUCGUGCGAAUGAUAAUGAUAACGGGGCUGAUAUAUGGGGCAACAGGGCGAGGGGAGGGCCCGGAGAUACUUGGAUAAAGAAGAUAAUGGAAGACGAUGAAAACAAUGGGGAAGAUGCGAGUGUAGAUAUCGAGGGUGUUACGAGAGAUAUUGGGAAAAUGAGAGAGGAGGAAGCUAAUGGGACGGGUAGAGGAUGGGACACAGAACUUGAGUUUACGGCUCGGAGUGUGGAUGUUAAUCGUAGCCCACGACUGAAAACAAAUGGUAUACCGAGCAGAAUUGAGGAGAUUAUGGAGCAGGAGAGGAGUUUUGUUGAGGAUGAGGAGGAGGAAGAGGAACAUGGAGAGGCAAAUUAUGUGAAGGUUCAAGAGAGGCCGGCGAGGAGAGGAAAUUCCGUUGAUAAUCCUGCAAGUCGACAAAUUUCGCGGCCAGUAGAGGAUGAGAAUGCGCAAAAGGAGACAAUGCGCGUAAAAUCAGAAGAACGGAGAGAGCGUGUGCAAAGAGAAUUGGAAAAACGGCGUGCGGAACGGAGACCAAUUACUUCGUAUGAGAGUGAAGAUAAUAAAGUUCCCCAGGAAAGGCAGGAAGGAGCAUUGCGGAAUAGGUUGUCCCGGGAACGAAGAUCAAAAAGCGGCGACUUCUCGAAAAGCAAUUCAUUCCAUGUCGACAAUCAUGUACGCAGCAUGCGUAAUGAUAAAGAAAAUGUUAUGCCGCAGGAAGAUAAGCCAUUAUCCCGACUAGAAAGAAGGUUUCAAGGGUACGAUGGCUUGAAAGCAAUACAGAGGGCCCGUGGAAGCAGAUUAAGAACCGAUUACGACCAGAGAGUUCCAGAAAUAACUGAACCACCGGCGAAUUCUGAAUCCAGCCAUAGAAUUCUAGAAAAUGCUGAACCACGGACUAAGACCGAAUAUAACCAUAGAGCACUAGAAAAUAUUGAGCCGCGAUUUUUGGAUCGACUUAAAGCCAACGAUGAAACGGACAAGAUGCACGAAAAAACAACACUUGAGAAAGAAGGGGAAAGGAUACGUGGAAGGCCUAUUACAGUAUUUGCCGAAAAUGAGAGACGUCUAAAUGGAGCAGCGUCUAAACAAAAAGAUUCCCUUCAGAUCUUAAGGAAUCUUUCUAAAGCCAUUACGGGUACAAGUGGAAGCGGGAGAGAUAGUCCCGGUGGGUUAGAUAAUAACACUGAAGCUCCGGCAUUACAAGAAAGAUCUCCCUAUGAGCUUGAACAGGUCUCCGAGAAGCUUCCAAAUUCUGCGCCAACUCCACCUCCAGCAGCGCCUAUCAAUCCUCUCCUAUUGCCCACUCCAAAAGUUACAGGCGGGUGGAUCGAGACCCCUGCACCACCGCGAAUGCGCACCAAUGGUAGAACACCCAAAGAACAGCCUCAUAUCAAAGAGGAACCCUCCUCGCCCCGCAGCCACGGUGAGCCUUCCAAACCUUCCCAGUCACGUUCGCGAUCCCGUCCAACUCCAAUAAACAGUGCCCCUACCGUCUCCGCCGCUGCCGACCUCAAACGUAUAGAAAAGGAAGCUCGGAUUGAUGAUUCUACUACCAUCGAUCGAGACUUUUCCUUAUUUAUAAAGAAUCAACCUAAAUCUCCAGAUUCUGAAACUGUAGAAAUCAAUCUCGAUUUCGAUGAAAAUGGCCAACCACUUUCUCACGAAGAGAAAGAAAAAAGGUUGGAGGAACUUGCGUUCCUUCGUAUGAAUCGGAGUUUAAUACACACUACGAGUAGUAUACGAGAUGCUAGGCAUGGCAUUGAAAGAUUGGAACAACAAGUGUCAUCAGGUCCACAAUCGCACUCACCCAAAGAACUUGGAAUCGCAACCCCCAAAACAUCAUCUCGUCCUUUUUUCCUUGAUGCUCCUCUAAAUCCUGCCUUGAACCCAAAUGUUCACUACCUCAUGAUACCCCUUCCCCGCCUCCGUUACCCUGGAACUGGAAAACUUACCUGGUUUGGAUUACUAUUUACUAUCUUUAUAUCAUGGUUUGUAGCUGAAUGGGCAAUGUGUGAAACGUAUUGUCAUCCUAAAUACUCAAACAAAGAUGUUUGGCACCCUUCCGAUCCGUUUUGGCCCUGGGCUAUUCCAACAAAAAUGGAUCAGUGGACGGGGAAAGUAGUUAGUAGGGGGAUAGGAGAUGCGUGGGACUGGUGGGAGGGGUAUGAUGAGGAGAUCAGAAUUUGGAAGGAGAAGGUGAAGAGAGAAGAAGUGACGACACCUAAGGUUGUGGGACUCGGUGAUGAUGAAGUCGUGGAAGAUCAUGCGUCUAAAGAUGAUGGGAGGAAAGGGGGCAGCAGCUGGUGGAGCUGGGAUAAUGAUGAAGUUCUGUAGCAAUGCAUCAGUAUAGUAUAGCUUGCAAAGUGUUCUUGGAUAAGUUGAUAGACAUUUAGUGUUUAAAAAGAUGGACAAAUUCAUGAUGGCGUUCGAGGAAAGUUUUAUUCCAGGAUUGGACAUGCAAUGUUGCAUUGUUGGGAUGGAUACCUGAACUGGAAUUCUCCUGGUUGGAUAGAGUCAGAUGGCGUAUGGCGCAGUGUUUAAGCUCGGUCAAAUUAGCGAGCUGGAUGCCUUUUGGGACAACCGAAUGGAAUGGAGUGUAUAUAAAUUCCUUGCCAUAGUUUUCACGGGAGAUCUUAGAUUGAAGUGAAGGGUGAAAAGUGAAAUGCAUUAGAGGUGGGCA